AACGCUGCACUUCUUGAUGAAGCGGAUCAAUUUGGCACUCUGCAGGGGGUUUUGUCGGCUGUCGACAAGCUUCGAAAGAUUGUUUGGUCAGUUCGGUCAAGCCCACAGCGACGCAAGGCAUGGCUUGCAGAGGUCAUGAUAUCACUCAAGAAGACUGAUAAUACACUCAGUCAAGUUGCACUCAUGCUCAUUUUGGACGUCAAGACCCGCUGGUCAUCGACACAUCAAAUGCUUCGCCGUGCAUUGGAUUCCCGCAAGGCUAUCAACGAUUUUGUGGCAAAGACACGUGAAAUAUGACAAUAUGAACUUUCUGAUGACGAUUGGCAAGCAAUUGAACUAGUGAUGGGGUGGCUGAAGGCAUUCCGGUCAGCAACCACUCAAAUGUCAACAACCAAGCGCCCAAUGUUGUCUUCGGCUCACGCUAUAUUUCGUGGCCUUGAGGAGUCACUUCGGGAUGAUUUAGCGAAUCUUCCAGACUCAGCCCCAACAAAGAUACGGCUUGCUUUGAUCAACGCGCAUCGGAAGCUCAGCGACUACUUCUUCAAGAUUGAUGACUCACCGUACUAUGUCUGGGCUUCGAUUCUCGAUCCCCGCAUCACUUACGAAGGUCUCCGUGAUGAUUGUGAUGCCAAUGAUACUAUGCCACUACAUCCGUUGCGCAGGACAGUGCAUCAUCGCUGUCUUCCAGCACAGGCCAUCACGCAAAUGUGUCUGAUGGUAGAAAUUCUCCCUCAAAAAUGAAUUUCACGGCGAGGUACAAGAAGCGGUCAAAUGUUUUGGUAGAUGCAUUCGAGGAGUACCUAAAACUUCCACGAGAGGACUUUGACCUUUGCGACCCCAUUCAGUGGUGGGUGGGUCGCCAAGCACAGUUUCCAAACCUCUCUCAACUUGCCCGUGAUGUCCUUUCAAUACCUGGAUCUGCUGUUGCUGUUGAACGAAUUUUCUCCGGUGGUCACGACACAAUCUCACUGCGA